UGUUCGUCUAGUGUUGUCGACUUAUUAAUAUGGCGAGUCCCGUUCAACGUGCGUACUAAAAUUUGGUUGAAUCCGUUAAAAGAGACUGACAAAAUGUCUGCGUUGACAGAGGCUCAGAUUGAAUCCAGUGAUGAUGAACUCCCAGAAGAGGUCACCUUUGAUGCGUCCAAAAGCGCUGCUCUGAGGAUCGUCAAAGAUGCCCUGGAAGCAGCCAAAAGAGAAAAGGACGUAUUAAAGGAGAAGCGGAAAAAGAGGCAUCAGCUGUUUCAAGAACAAAAGAAGAAAAAACUACUUCCUCAAGAGUUUCUGGAGGAGUUUGAUAAAGAACCCCCAAAACAACCAGGUCCAUCACACAACAGAGAUAUCAGCGAAGAGGUGUCAACAAAGCCGUCAGACAACAACAAAGAUCAGAAGAAGACGGGGAUUUCACCUAUGAAGAAAAUCUCAAAAAGUUUACCGGACAGCUACAGAGUAACGAGGAUUAAAGAUGAAUCCGCUGCAAAAUCAUUGCAACAAAAGGCCAUGGACUUCAUUCGGUUCCGUCUUUAUGGAAAAGGAACCCGUAGAACAACCAAUGCAGAGCUUCUGUCGCUCAAAAAGAAGAGGGGAGCGAGCCAAGGUGCAGCUGUGGAGUUUGCAAAUAAAAAAUUGGGUGCCUCUCAAAAAGCAAGGAUUGUGAGCUCCAACAAACGGUUUAUACGCCAACAGAAACUGAUUCCUUCGUGAGUAAACGGGAGAAAGAACUGCUGAAUUAUGAGAGGUGGCUUCCAUCAUCCUGCUUUUUUUGACCAUGUGGAUCUGGUUUUUUUUCUCCCCGAAGAUGCCAUUAAUUGAUACAUUUUUCUUUAAAUCUUCUAGGAAAUGAUAAACCUUAUGUUGUGUAUGAAAUAAACUAAAAUCUGAACUGUUUUUUUACUAGCAGUAGAAGCUGAAGUGUGACUGCUUUACUCCACAUGUCAAUAAAUGUAAACCGGAUCUAAAAAUGAA